CUACAAUCUCGGAGUUCACACUCAGUGCUCAAUACAAAGAAAAUUACCCUCAACCAUUCUGUUACCCCUCAACUCUACACCACGCCCAAGCCCACCACGGAAGCGGACACCCACCGGGCAACCUUCCGACCCAUCGCCGCGCCGCCGCGCCGCCGCGAUUCCCUCCGCCCCGUCCCCUCCAUACCUAACUUAUCAACCUCCCAACUUGAAAAGCCCCUCCAAUCCAGCGACACCCAACACAACACAAGACCACCACCUCAAACCGAAGAAUAAAGUACAGCAAAAUGACCGAAGAAACCAAAUCCCUUCCUCCUCCGCCUCCACCUCCCCCACCCCCAGCUACCACGCUCUCCCCCCAACCCACCACAACCACCCAAACACCACCAACAACCAGCACCCCCACCCCGGCCCCGGAAAUCCAAUCCGAACUCAACGCCGCAGUCGACGACCUCCUCGACCAACUCCAACAUAAAUUCGACGGUGUCUCGCGCGAGAUCUUUGGGAAGUUGGACGAUAUGGCGCGGCGGUUGGAUGAGUUGGAGGCUUCGUUGGCGUUGUUGGAUUCUUCUGCUCCUGCUGGUGCGGGGGCUACUGCUGAGGGUGGGGGUGGGGGUGGGGGUGCUGUCGCUGGGGCAGCGGGGGAUGCGGCUGGGAGUGCUAGUCCGGGGAAGUGAGGAUGC